UUAUUAUCUUUAGUUACUAAGAGAAACUCGGUUUACGUUGCUACCAUUUUCGGAGGUGCUUUCGCCUUCCAAGGUUUCUUCGACUACGCUGUUACCAGCUGGUACGAAAACCACAACAAGGGUAAGUUGUGGAAGGACGUCAAGCUCAAGUUCGUCGAAGGUGGUGACGAAGAAGACGACGAAUAG